GAUCUUCUAAAACUAGAACUUCCACAUAAGGGGAAUGGAUUAGUUGUCUCUUUGUCUACAGAACAAAAUACAACUAGCCAUGAUGAUUUUGGCAAUAAUGAUGAUUUGUCAUUGCUUGAAGUUAGCGAUAAGUUCCUGGAGCAUAUCCUUCGGAAGAUUGAAACAAUAGACUCUCGAGUUCACAAGUUGAAGGCUCAGCUUGACCUGGUAAUGUCGAAAAAUGCUGGAAAGUUCUCUUCGUCUGAGAAUUUGAGCCAUCUAGUACCCUGUGAUGCACAGACAAGCUCUGUCCAUAGCCCCACUUUCUCUGCCAAUGCUGAUACACUGUCGGUGGGAGGUUUAUACACUGCAGUUCAGCAUGUACCAGAGUAUGAUAUGGGAGAAUUGGUUAUGCCUGAAACUGCAGUUUCAAGCUAUGGAGAUGCUUUUUGUAUUCCGGAUAUAACUGAAAGCACUGCAGGAUUCUUGUCCUCUGUUGCUGUCACCCAGCAUCAACCACAAAUUGGAGAUUCAUGUGAAAAUGUAAGCCAUCUUUGUCUCUACUGA